AUGGUCAGACUCCCUCCUGCUCUCUUGGGACUUUUUGCGUCCCGCACCGUCCAUGCUACGCCAACGAGCCACAUUGAAUCUACUGCUGCCUUGGCGCCACACUUCAAAAGGCUAUUCGAUAGUACAACAGAGUAUGCCAUCUCUGUGACCCUGAAUCGCGGUGCAAUUUUCAAGCUCGCCAAUGGAGAGUGGAGUUCGCCGAUGCCCCUGUUCAGCAAGCUAGUGCAGAAGUUUGCCCUCACAAAGAGCUGGUCUCCGAUGGAUUACGCGAUGGGCUAUGAUCCCCAUGUCGUAUACGACUUUGUGCUCGAUCAACGGCAAGAAACAUCAGUGUCAGCGACGUGGAAAUAUGCAGACCAAGUCAAGUACAGUCAGAUCGCCCUCGCUUGGUGGGAGCGCGUCAAUCUCGACGGGCUGGACGAAGCAGAACGUACUGCUGCAUACCCGUACAAUCAGUGCUGUCAGAUCCACUUUGAGACAGCGGCGCUUGUCUGGCCAUUCGGCAGAGUACUGUCACUCGGACCAGCGAAUUUCGGCACCGAAGUCCGCCUGGCUUGCGGGAGAGAUUUUGCAGCUGUCAGACCGCCAACGCCGGAAUGUCUGCAAUUCUACAAAAUCUCUAGUGCCAACUUUGCUUACACUGCCUUGCCCGUUGAUCAGAAGACAGAGCUGCUUGACGCUGAUCUGUCACCGAUCUCAUAG